UAAACAAAAAAAAGCCGGGCGCGUAAAUUAAUUUAUUCUAAACGGGCGCGAAGUUUACAACCAAACAAGAAAGAAAAACAAUAAACCCAAAGUGCAAUAAAUUUCAAACAAAAAUAAUAAAUAAUAAAAUUACUACUGGUGGAAAUAAAAUACAUCUGUACAUACCAAACAACCACAGGAAGAGCUCAAAAGGAAAGGGAUACAGCGACCAACCCUAACAACAUCAACAUCAGCAGCAACAGGAAACAAAUAGGAUACAACUGGGACAGCGACAAAUGCAAACAACCCAAAACCCUCAAAUACCGCAUACUAAAGCCCUCAAAUACCCUUGAAGCGGCUCAAAAUCAAUAUGGAUGCAGACAUGCCAGCAGCCCCGACACCAACCACUCGUUCGGCUGUCAAUGUGCCACGCCAAGCGGCUGCCCCAGUUGCAGCGCCUCGAACAACCACCCCAACGGUGCCUCGGAGUGGAACGGCCGCAUUCCCGUCAACACCCGCGCUGGUCGCCGACCCACAACGCCGUAGAUGUCCCCUAUGUCGUCGACCCCACCGGCUGCCACAAUGCGUCAUUUUUAAGGGAUUGCCACCUCAACAACGCCAGUUGGUCGUGCAGGCGCACGGCCAUUGUCUGAAUUGCCUGAAUCCUGUCCACCAAACGCACGAGUGUACUUCGGGCAAUCUGUGCCAAAUUUGUAUGCGGCCGCAUCACACCAUGUUGCACCGACUCACUCGGAAUGACACCAGCCAAACUCCUGCCGGCCGCAACCGCGGCGCAUUACGACGACCGCCAUUAGGCCGGGAUGCACGGUCCCGGCGAGCAAUAGGGCCAUCAUCAUCCCGUGCCCGGCGGCCACACAAUGGGGCGUCAACACGACGCCAGCAACAACGACCGCGUCCGCGCCGCACCUCAGGCCUCAGCAGGGUCGUAGCCCCUCUGCAGCAGCUUCAAAGCAUUCUAGGCUGA